AUGGCGACCUACCUGAGGAGGAUGCACCACAUUUCGCUCCACGUUUCCAACGUGGACAAAAUUACCAACGACUUUAUCUCCAAAUUUAAGUUUCACUUAAUCGCGACCAGACUGACGGACCGCAGCAGACAGCUAGCCUUCAGAACCGGGUCGGCGGUUUUUGUCCUCAACGAGAGGGGAACAAAUCAAAGCGCCGCCUCCACGUCGAAUGGAAAUCCAGCGGUCGUUGCAGACACACUUUCCGAGACGCAGAACCGAGACCAGCCUGCGGGAUGCCUCUACGACAUCAGCCCGCACUACCCGGUGGACACCGCGUGCAACGUGUGUUUUGAGGUGGAGGACGUACAUGGGUCGUUCCAUGCUCUCCAGCGCAUGGGCUGCAGUUUCUUGGUUCCUCCCACCACGGUGCACGACCGGCAGGGUCAGGUCAUCUAUGCUGUUCUUAAAUCAAUCGUUGGAAAUGUCUGCCACACGUUAAUCGACAAGACAAAGUACAUGGGGAGCUUUUUGCCUGGCUUCAACAUAGUUGACAAGGACCAUAGCACCUCUGGAGAUGACUGUCUUGUCACACAUGUGGACCACAUCGCCCUUGCGUGCCCCAUUGGGAUCUGCCAACAGGUCAUGAGGUGGUAUGAGCAGAUUUUUGGAUUUCAGAGGUUUUUCAUUCACAGAAAUGACAAUGUGGAUGAUGGUUUUGUCAUCAAUCAGAGCGGGAAAGGACUCCGACUGGCCGCCAUGGAGUACUUAAAAAGCAGCGAAACGGGUCUCGCCCUUCCCUGCAAGGAUAAACAUGAGCCCGACUGCAAGUUUGUUGUUGUGGAAUCGCUGCCUGGUGAAGGGAGGAACCAGGUGGACACCUUCUUGGAGGAGCACGGGGCUGCAGGGAUCCAGCACAUUGCGCUGCACACGAGCGACAUCCUGUCCACAACGCACAGAAUGACAGACGCUGGCGUGCGUUUUUUCUUGCAUCCUGCUGCCUACUAUGCCAAGAGGGAAAAACUGCAGGAGAUCGUGGAUGCAGGAUAUGACCCCCAGAAAAUGUAUAAGUUUGGCAUUCUUCUGGACACGGACAUGGAAGAGGACUUACUAACCAGCCAGGCCAGAAAAUAUCUCCUCCAGGUGUUCACCAAGCCCAUCUUCGAGGAGGACACCUUAUUCCUGGAGCUGAUUGAGCGCAGAGGGGCAACCGGCUUUGGCGACGGCAACAUCAGGGCCCUGUGGGCCUGUGUGCAGAUGUACAUGGACGGUGAGAAUAGGAAGGAUGCUCCAAAAACUGCCCAGUAACUAUGAACUCUUGAACUGGGUCAGUGGAAGGUCAUUUUAAUUAUGUUUGAGACAGCACUUGUUAAAAUGUACUAAGAAUGAAUCUUGCAAGGUCACUUACUAAGAGAGGUUGAGUAGAAUUUACAAAAAAAAAGAAAUUGUAUAUUUAUUUGGGCAAGGGGGGGGGGGGCUAUUUUAUAUUUUCUGUCCAACAAUGCACGUGUAUCCUGCAGGGUGGCUCCUGACAAGAAUGCACUAAAUGAUGUCCUGAUUAUGCCCUUAAGUAUCUGUUGCACGCCAUGAUGUUGUUUAACAGUGCACAUGUCUCUUUGACGGGUGAAAAUGCACUUCCUGUUCCUGUGUGCACUGUAACAUAAUCAAAAUCCCUUGUUUCAGACACUCCAUGCUUCCAAAAUGCAAAUUAGGCUUGCUAUUGUUCACGGGUGCUUCUUUUCUUGACCAUUUCUUUAUACUACUGUAUUGGACCUAUGACUCCAGUUGAAGUUGUGUGGGUUUUUUUUUCCUAUUUUGUGCUGGGUUGGUUACUUAGCUUCUGAACUACUGUUCGUACUUCGGAAUAAGCCACUAGGAGUGUCAUGAGACACUCAGUUCAUGAGACGAGAGGAUACACGAGGUUGGGUCUAUGAGGACGAGACGAGAUUUUAACAUUACUUUUAAGAAAAGUACAAGGAAUACAGUGGUGUGAAAGUAUUUGCCUCCUUCCUGAUUUUAUUUUUAUUUUUUUGCAUGUUUGUCACACUUAAAUGUUUCAGAUCAUCAAACAAAUGUAAAUAUUAGUCAAUGACAACACAGCUGAACACAAAAUGCAGUUUUUAAAUGAAACUUUUUAUUAUUAAUGGAGAAUAAAAAAUCCAAACCUACAUGGCCCUGUGUGAAAAAGUGAUUGCAGUUGUUGCUGCUAAGGGUGGCCCAACCAGUUAUUAGGUUUAGGGGGCAAUCACUUUUUCACACAGGGCCACUUAGGUUUGUUUUUUUUCUCCCUCAAUAGUAAAGUUUCAUUUAAAAACUGCAUUUUGUGUUCAUUUGUGUUGUCAUUGACCGAUAUUUAAAUUUGUUUAAUGAUCUGAAACAUUAAGUGUGACAAACAUGCUAAAAAAAUACGAAUAAAUAAAAUAAGAAAUUGGGAAACUUUAUCACACCACUGUAAAUAUUAAAAAUGACAAUAUAUUGCAAUUUACUCAUUUAAUUUCUACUACAUUAUCUUCCAUUGCACCUCACGAGAUUACACUCUUCUGCACUGUUUGUAUGCUACUGUCCCCGCCUCCACCCACCGAGACAAAGAAGACUGUAUGACUGACAAAAGGGCUCACUCCGUUCCUGUCUUUGUUCAGUGCAACAAACGUGCCAAGGUGCUGAAACCAAUGCACAAAUGGACUCCCUUCCUGUUUGGAAGCAGGAGAUGAGGAAAACAUGCAAGCACCUGACAUAUUGAGGACGGCAAAAUGAUCCAGUUCAUUUUCAUUUAUUGUGUAAUGAACUCAUUUAUUUAUUAUUGUCCCAGGCCUUGUGCCCAAGAGACGUGUUUUUUUGGGAAAGGAGAAAUCUUUUCAUGUUUUAAUCGUGAUCUUGUGACACCCUAUUAGAAAACAUCUGCAACUGUGCAGCCACACUGUCUUGUUAAUGUUACAGGAGAGAAACAGAUGAGAGGCAAUAAAAUGAAGA